AUGGCCAAGGACAUGGACUAUAAGCAUAGAAGCUCUGGCGAUGAAACUGAAACAUCGACAGUGGUCGACACCCAGUUUGUGCAAGAAAAGGGUGUAGACGCAUAUCCCUCACCGAUACAUGAGUUUGAUCAUGACAUCGAGGCGCAAAGUGGCGAGACACUCGGCCACAAUGUGGAAAAAGUCAACACAAAUGUCAGCCGGCGAAGCGUAUUCAGCAGGCUGUCACGGAAACAGACCAAGGACAAGCUCCCGCCGCCGGUGCUCCCCCUCAUGGACCUCGACAACGGCGUCGUCGGCUGGGAGAGCCAGGACGAUCCUGCCAUGCCCCAAAACUUUACCAAGUUUCGCAAGUGGCUCAUGAUCUGGCUGCUGUCCGCCAUCACCUUCAUGACACCGUGGUCAUCGUCGAUCUUAGCCCCGGCGCUGGGCCAGAUCCAGGCCGAGUUCGACGUAAGCAGCGCGACGCUCGCCGCCAUGCCCGUCAGCAUCUUCCUUCUCGGAUAUGCCGUUGGCCCGCUGGUGCUGUCGCCACUCUCCGAAAUGUACGGCCGCAACCUCAUCAUGAUAUCGUCCAACCUCGUCUUUUGUCUGUGGCUGAUUGGCUGCGCGCUGGCCCCGUCCAUUGACACGCUCAUCUUCUUCCGCUUCAUGUGCGGCGUCGGCGGCUCCGCCUGCCAGACGGUCGGCGGCGCCAUCAUCGCCGACCUCUUCCCCGUCAGCGAGCGCGGCAAGGCCACCACCGUCUGGAUGAUGGGCCCCAUCCUCGGCCCCUCGCUCGCCCCCGUCGUCGGCGGCUUCGUCGCCGAGCGCGUCGGCUGGCGCUGGGCCAACUGGAUCUCCUUUAUCCCCGGCGUCCUCGUCGUCGCCGCCAUGGUUGUCGGCAACAGGGAGACUAAUGCGCGCGUGCUCAUGCGCCUCAAGACGGAGAAGCUGCGCGCCGAGCUCGCCCGUCCGGAGCUGCGCAGCUGCUACGUCGACCCAGCGCAGCCCGUUCUGACCAAGCGCCAGAUUCUCGGCCUCGGCCUCACUCGCCCCAUCAAGAUGCUCUUCCGUUCCGCCAUCCUCUUCAGCAUCUCCAUUUACAUUGCCUUCAACUACGGCUGCCUCUACCUCCUCUUCAAUACCAUGCCCACCGUUUUUCGCGGCAACUAUGGCUGGUCGCUCGGCGUUUCUGGCCUGCCAUACUUUUCACUCAUGAUUGGCUACAUGGUUUCCAUCACCAUCUUCGCCACCCUCUCGGACCGCACCGUCGUGCGCAUGACAAAGGCCAACCACGGCGUGUACGAGCCCGAGAUGCGCAUCCCCUACUGCACGUACUUCGCCAUGCUUAUCCCCAUCAGCUUCUUCUGGUACGGCUGGGCGGCGGAUCAGCACACGCACUGGAUCGUCCCCGUCAUCGGCAUCAUCCCAUUUUCCGCUGGCAUCAUUGGUGUCUGGACCCCGGCCAACGCCUACAUCAUCGAUGCCUUUCCCGAGUACGCCGCCAGCGCGCUGGCUGGUUUUGCCGUCAUCCGCUGCACAAUUGGCGCCUUCUUGCCCCUGGCUGCACCGGCCAUGUACGCUAGUCUUGGCCUCGGAUGGGGGACCUCGCUGUUGGGCUUCAUUUCGCUCGCUUUUGUGCCCGUUCCUUUCCUAAUCUUCCGCUACGGCAAGUGGAUGAGGGAACGCUGGCCAAUCAAGGUCUGA